AUGAGCGAACGAACGGUCGAACCACUCGGCUUUCUUUUUCCUAACCUCACAAGCAAGCCAAACGAGCCAAAAGCAGGGUCCUACGUAAGUGUGAGGUUUAGACUUGUCCCAACUUUACCUAUCUAUUCCCUAACGGUUUGGUACCGAAGAGAUAGUAGAGGAAAGUACACCAAUGCCAAGCCUUUUGUAAAAACUCCUAAGCGAACGCCAGUCCAAGUGAACAGUGGAAGGAAUGAGCGGUUGACGGAAAGCGAAGGAAUGCAAGGCAGAGGGAAAGGUAGUAAGGUUUCUCAAUUACAUGGAUCCUGGGGAAUGAUCUACGGUCUAACUACUAAUUCCUACCUCCGAACCUAA